AUGUCGAAUCCCCCACAGAAUAAGCAUGUCAUCCGCAGUGACAAAAUCAGAGACACAAUCAUGUCAUCUGACCAAGCCCACUAGAAUUGGAACACUAUAAGAGAGGCAAUUCACAAGAUUUACGCUAAGGAGGCAAGUACUCUAAGUUAUGAGGAACUCUACAGGACAGCUUACAAUCUAGUUUUGCACAAACAUGGAGAUAUUUUGUACUAGGGAGUUAGAAAUACUACCAUUGAGUUACUGUAGCCAAUCGUUGAGCGACUGAACAGAUGCGGAGAGGACGAUCUGAUCAGGAGAAUCAAUGAGAUUUGGAAGGACAUUAAACUCUCAAUAGUUAUGAUCAAGGACAUCCUUAUGUAUAUGGAUCGUAACUAUGUGCCCAAAGUCAAACUCCAGAGUGUAGAGCACCUUCAAACUCAAUGUUUCUAGAAAUAUGUAGUACUUAACCAAGAGAUCAAAUUAAAGCUGAUUCAGAAAAUUAUUCAGGAAAUAAAGAGAGAGCGUGACGGCGGGAUAGUGGAGAUUACUCAACUGAGGCAAGUGAUUCAGAUGCUAGUCGAAGUUGGCAUAUCUUCAAAGAAGAUCUACGAGAACGAAUUUGAAAAGGUAUUCAUCAAUGAGACGAUCAACUACUACAAGGUGGAGAGUAACCAGCUGAUCACUUCUCACUCGUGCUUUGCUUUUCUCCAGAAAGCCAACAUGAGACUUAGAGAGGAACUCGAGCGAGUGCUGAAUUACCUAGAUUCAAGUUCUGAGAAGAUUCUGAUACAGACUUUCUUAAGAGAAUACAUCGAGGUGCACGCUCUGACUCUAAUCAAUAUGGAUUAGUCCGGUCUGAUCCACAUGAUUAAGAACGAAAAGUACAACGAGAUCGCUCUGAUGCAUGAACUAUUCUCUAAGAUCUAAAAUGCAAACUCAGCCCUGACCAAACAGUUGGCUCAAUAUAUUAUAAACGAGGGAAAUAAAUUGGUGUCUGAUGAAUCUUUGAAGCAUGAUUAAUUUGUGGCGAAGGUCAUUGAGCUGAGAGAUAAGAUGAUGAACAUGUUCGUCAAGAGUUUCAACAAGGACCCUGCAAUUGACUUGACAAUCAAGAAUGCUUUCGAGUCCUUUGUGAACUAGAGCGAGAGAACUGCUAUGAGUCUAGUUUACUACCUAGAUGACUAAUUCAAAAAAGACUUCAAAGGCAUGAGUGAGGGAGAAAUCAACGAGAGACUCGACAAAGUUAUUCAAAUCUUCCGCUACUUGCAGGACAAGGACAUAUUCGAAGGCUUCUACAAGAACAGCCUAGCCAAGAGACUGCUUGAUCAGAGAUCUGCUUCUGAAGACUCAGAGAAAUUGCUGGUCCUCAAGUUGAAGGAAGAGUGUGGGUUUUAGUUUACUCAAAAACUAGAAGUGAUGUUUAAGGAUAUUAAAAUGAGUGAGGAAACCAUGCUCGAAUUCAGAGGCACUCAGCAGUCCAAGUAAUUGUAAAUUGACCUCAAUGUCAAGGUAUUGACCACUGGAAACUGGCCAAAUGAGUCUAAAGAUAACAUCAACUAAAUCAUUUUGCCAAGAGAGAUUUAGACUUGCAUUUCAAGUUUCAACAAAUUCUAUAAUAAUAAACAUACUGGCAGACUUCUUCAUUGGAAACCAAGUCUUGCUUAUGCAGAAAUAAAGGCGACUCUUGGUGACUCAAACUCCAAGCAUGAACUGCACGCAACAACUUUCUAGACUUGCAUUCUGAUGCUUUUCAACCAGUUCCAAAGUGUAUCAUACUAGCAAAUCAUAGAGAAGACCAAUAUUACCGAGAUGGACUUGAAGUGCAACCUGAUUCCCUUGAUUGGCAUUAAGAUUUUAAAGAAAGUGCCAGAUGCCAAGGAGUUCAAUCCAAUGGAUUAGUACAGCCUCAACCCUGGCUUCAAGCAAAAUAUGCACAAGAUAAGACUUCCAGUUGCUCAGCCAAAGGAAAACAGAGCCCAGGAGAAAGCAGACGUUGCUGAAAAAGUGGAUGAGGACAGAAGGCACAUGGUUGAAGCCACUAUUGUCAAGGUCAUGAAAACUAGAAGAAGAAUUGAACAUAACGCACUCAUUUCAGAGUCAACUAAGAUCUUGAGUCAGAAAUUCAACCCCGACAUUACCAUGAUUAAGAAGAGAAUUGAGUCACUCAUCGACAGAGAGUACCUCGAGAGAGACCAGGAUGACAGAAGAUUCUACAAAUAUAUUGCUUGA